CGCGAGGAAAGAAAACUGAAAUUCGUUUAUUUCCGUCCCCACUUCCCUUAUCUCCCGCGCUCCUCUCCCACCAUCGCCUUCGCCAUGGCUGCCGUCGGCAUCGCCUCUCCGCCGGCGCCGCCUGCUUUCGCGCCCGCCACAUCUCUUUCCUCCUCCUUCUCAUACUCCACACCGGGCCUCCGCCUUCGCCGCCUCCCCGUCCGGUUCGCCGCCGCGGCGUCGUUCCGCGCACGCUGCGCCGCCGCUGCCGAGGGCGGGGCUGCUGCCUCGGAGGGCACAGCCGCGGUGGCAGAGGUGGAGGGAGACCCCGACUCGGGCACCGACGUUGCCGGGGGCGCGGCGACCUCCACGCGGCCGCCCUACUCGCUCAUCUCCGCGGACAACGUGCAGAAGGCAAUGCGCGGCCUCGCAAUUACAGAUGCUGAUCACUAUGGGAGGCUUGGAGUCACCAAACUAGCUUCUACUGAUGAGAUUAAAGCUUGCUACGAGAAAAAGUGUGAAGAACUAAAUAGCAAAGGACUGGAAGAAGAGGAAAUCAACAAGGAACAUGACCUCCUAAAGGAAUCGUUUACCAUACUAUCAACUGAGGAAGAGCGACGAUUGUACGAUUGGAGCUUGUCAAGAAGUGGGCAGCCUGAUCGAUAUGUCUGGCCUUUUCAAGUUGAUCCCUUGGAGUUGGCACCAGAUCCUCCAAAGGAACCAGAAGAUGAGUUUCCAACGAAGCUUGUCGGCUACUUCUUCCUGGCGUGGUUCAUACUUUCUGUUGUUUUGUCAGUGACCCUCAACAGAUGAGGAAUUUCUCCGAAAAGAAGAUGAAUUGUAACCAAUACUAUCUUGCUUUACUGAAUGAAUGCUGUACAUGACAGGCAUACUGUUAUUUGGUAACUAGCUGAAGUAUAUAACUGCACAUUCUGUACAGAUCAAACUUAUGAAUCUUGAAUUCUUCGGUCACUUAUA